AUGUCCAACCCCGAUUCUCGCUUCGCUUCAACAAACCAAACGACGCAGGAGCGGCUUACCACUAAUACCGUCGGCCUGGUCGCACUCUCUGAUUUUCGCAAGCGGCGUGCCGAGGUCAUUGAGCAGCAAGAACGAGAAUUGCGCGAAGCUGCAGCAACAGGAACCAAUGGGAGUGCUGUCGCAACACCAGAUCGCUCGCAGACCGGAACACCCGACCCAAAUGCUAGCGAGACAUCGAACCCUGCGCGAAAGAAGGUCAAGAGACGCAAGGCCGGCGCUGCGAAGCUGUCAUUUGGCGACGACGAAAACAAUGUCGAAGAAACCGAGGACAAGAGUGAUGGAGGCGUAGCGGGGAAGACAACUACAACAGGGGAGAAGAAGAUAAAGUUCAAGGCAAACUCGUCUGUCUCGGUCAUUCCACGCGCCAUGACGAAGUCAGCAUUACGGCGCGAGGCAGAAGAGAGGGAGGUGCUGAGAAAAGAGUUCUUGGCGAAGCAAGAGGCCGUCAAGGCCACCGACAUCGCCGUCCCGUUUGUUUUCUACGAUGGUACCAACAUACCGGGAGGUACGGUGCGCGUCAAGAAAGGCGACUACAUCUGGGUGUUCCUCGACAAAAGUAGGAAGGUAGGUGCAGAGCUGGGAGUGGGCGAGAAGGCAAACGCAAGGAGGGAGUGGGCUCGAGUUGGUGUGGACGACUUGAUGCUGGUCAGAGGCAAUGUCAUUAUUCCUCAUCAUUACGAGUUUCUCUUCUUCAUCAUGAAUAAGUCCAAGGGCCCCGGCGGCAGACUUCUCUUCGACUACAGCAUCCAGCCCGCUUCGCAACAAAACACAGAAGCCAUUACAGUCGAUCCUCUAUCUACGGCAGCAAGCAGGGCUGCCAAGUCUUUGGUUGACGUCAGCACCCUUGAGGGAGCAUCCGACGAGGCUGCUUUCACCAAGGUUGUUGACAGGCGAUGGUAUGAGCGCAAUAAACAUAUAUAUCCUGCUAGCGUGUGGCAAGAGUUCGACCCGGAAAAAAACUACCAGAUCGAGGUCCGUCGCGAUCUCGGCGGAAACACCUUUUUCUACUCCUGA